ACAACCAAUCAUCGUCAUUCGUUUUCCGUAGCAAAUAUACACAUCCAUAUAUAUAUAUAUAUAUAUACACGUACUCUUGAACUGACAACAAAAAUAAUUUUUUCGUUCUAUUUUGUGCUCGUAAUUUUUUCAGUUAAUUCAAAAUUUUUCAUACUGUAUCAUUAAUUCGUUAAGCUCAGCUAAUACUUUACUAUUUGUCUACAAGACUAAUAUGUUUGGAUAUCAUCAUACAUUUGCAUAUAUUCAACAUUAAAAGUUUGUUUAUAUUAAAAUAUUACUCGACAACUUGUAAAUUUGAUAAAAUUCAGUGAUUGCGUAAGAAUCUUUUAAACUAUCAGCCGUAAUCAUAAUAAAAAUUAUAUUCAUCGCUGUUUAAAUUGGGAUUGAAUAAAAAAAUGUAUUCAACUAUAAUACCAACCAAAGUAUAUUACGAUCAAAAACCGGGUACUUCAGGACUUCGAAAACCUGUGAAAACUUUUCAGCAAGAGCAUUAUACAGAAAAUUUUAUUCAAUCUAUUUUUGAAGUUUUGAAAGAUAAUCUUAAUGGAGCUUUGGUCGUAGGAGGUGAUGGACGAUAUUAUUGUAAAGAAGCAGUAAAGAAAAUCAUACGCAUUGCUGCAGCUAAUGGUAUAAAACAGCUAAUUAUUGGGCAAAAUGGAAUUCUCUCUACUCCGGCAGUAUCAACAAUUAUUCGGAAAUAUAAAACGCUUGGAGGAAUCGUACUUACAGCUUCCCACAAUCCGGGUGGUCCAAAUGCUGAUUUUGGGAUAAAAUUGAAUUGUGAAAAUGGUGGACCAGCGCCUGAUAGUAUUACGGAAAAAAUCUAUGAAAUUACUAAAACUUUAAAAUCGUAUAGCAUUGUUCCAACCAUUGAUAUAGAUAUCACAAAGAUUCAGAGUAACAGUGUACAAGUUGAUGGUCGAACUUGUAUCAUUGAUGUUAUUGAUUCAGUUGAAGAUUAUGUUAUGUUGAUGAAGGAAAUUUUUGAUUUUCCAAAUAUCAAAAAACUUUUUGACGGGAACUCAGAAAAAGGAGAAUUUAAAAUACUAGUAGACUGUCUAAAUGGAGUAACUGGACCGUAUGCUAAACGUAUCUUCGGAAUGGAACUUGGUGUUGAUAACGAGAACAUCGUCCAUGCAACUCCAUUAGAAGAUUUUGGAGGUCUUCACCCUGAUCCAAAUCUAACAUACGCUGCAGAUAUGGUCAAUACCGUAAGAAAUGGAAUUUAUAAUAUGGGAGCAGCGUUCGAUGGUGAUGGUGAUAGAAAUAUGAUCAUCGGGAAAAACGCAUUUUUUGUAACACCAUCAGAUUCAUUAGCAGUUUUAGCAGCUCAUUUGAAAAUCAUCCCAUAUUUUCAAAAAACAGGAGUCAAAGGAUAUGCAAGAUCCAUGCCUACAAGUACUGCAAUAGAUCGAGUCGCAAAACAUACAGGAAUAUCUUGUUUUGAAGUUCCGACAGGAUGGAAAUACUUUGGUAAUCUUAUGGAUGCUGCGCGCAUAUCACUAUGUGGUGAAGAAAGUUUUGGUACCGGUUCCGAUCAUAUUCGCGAAAAAGAUGGCAUAUGGGCCUGUCUUGCAUGGCUUAACAUCAUAUCAGAACUUGGAAAACCUAUUGAAGACAUAUUAAAAGAUCAUUGGCACAAAUAUGGGAGAAAUUUCUACUUACGUUAUGAUUACGAAAACUGUGACUCCGAUGAUGCGAAUAAAGUUAUGUCUACAAUCGAAGCCAAAAUUGGGGAACCCAAUUUCAUAUCCAGUAAGUUAAGCUACAAUAAUAAACAGUAUACUAUUGUAAAAGCUGAUAACUACUCCUACAAAGAUUCUAUCGAUGGCAGUGUCGCUAUUAAGCAAGGUUUCAGGAUCCUAUUCGAUGAUGAUUCACGAAUAAUUUAUAGAUUAUCUGGAACAGGAAGUACUGGUGCUACGAUUCGUAUCUAUGUAGAGUGUUAUGAACCCGAUAAAUCAAAUAUCAUGAAAGAUGUCCAUGAAGUCCUAAAGCCGUUGAUUUCUAUGGCUCUUGAAUUAAGUGAGCUACAGAAACAUACUGGUCGUGAGAAACCAUCAGUAAUUACUUAAAAUUUUGUAAAAAUGAUGAAUAAUGAAAAUGUUGACUUUUGUAAAAAUAUUAUGUACUAAUGUUGUUGCUCCUUAAGAAAUGCAAAUAAAAUUAUAAAAUUUCCCUAACUCGAAAAAUAAAUUCUGCUU